GAAUACAGGUAGAGUCGUGGUAAUGUGCCCAGUCCUCAUAUAUCUGCUGAGUCACGGCAAGAAAGCCGUAUCCACGCACGGCCCCACUAUCGCUCACUCCAUUUUCAGAUCCGCGCAGCACCUCGACAUCUUCAACUCCAACCCAUCAGAAUGGCCGAUCUCAAAAGAAAAGCCGGCGAGGAUGCCGCGCAAUCCACAUCCAAGCGCAAGAAGCAAUGGCGCGUGCCUCGCAAGGACGACGCCGGGUCGUACUCCAAAGCCAUCCAGCCUGGCGACAGCGGAAUCUGGGCGACGUGUGACAAGGGCAGGGAGGGCAAGUGCAUUGGCGAGCUGCGCGAUUUGUUCGCCGAGUACGCAGAGAACAUGUCGUCUGAAGCGGCGUCGAAUGGUGGUGAUGGCGAGGCACAGGCUGAGGCGGGGGCGGAGACGGAGUCGGGGGGUGGGAUUGAAAGUGAGAUUCAGGCCGAGAUUGACGACAUGCAUGAGGCGAAGAAGACUCAGCUGUUCACGCCUUUGCGGGUGGACGUCCAGUGCGUGGUCUUCAUGAAAACCGCACCUCCCAUCAACCCAGUCACUCUUGUCAAGCAGAUCUGUCAAGACGCCAUGGACGACUCGGCAAAGGGGAAACGCACACGGUUCGUGAAGCGCUUGUCGCCCAUGACGGAGAUUGGGCGAGCUUCGACGGAAGGGUUGGAGAAGGUUGCAACGUCGGUGCUGGCUCCGCAUUUCCAUCUGCAGCCUGCUGUGCCGCGCAAGUUUGCCAUUCGACCUACGCUUCGCAAUCAUAACAUACUCACGCGGGAUAGCGUGAUUCAGCAGAUUGCGAAGAUCGUCGGCCCGGGACAUACGGUCGAUCUGAAGAAUUACGAUUUGCUGAUUGUGGUGGAGGUGUAUCAGAACAUCUGUGGAGUCAGUGUUCUCGACAACAGUUUUGAACGGUUGAAGAGAUACAACCUGGCGGAGAUCUACUCUCCGACUCCGGUAGCCCCGAAAGAAUGAGCGGGCCACGGGUCCGAGGUGGCGUCCAUUGAUACAACGCAUGCAGUGUCUCCCGUGCUGCUGCAGUUUCGGGCAAGUGCGUGCAGUAAGCCCGCAUCCACGCCUGAUCGAUCUCAGAUAGGCGAAACUCUACGAGCUUAAAGUUGGUGGUGAGAUGGGCCGAUCGAUCUCGAACCCCGGUCAAUCCCAUCGAGCCGAUCGUGGAGGGCCACCCCCUCCAACUUAUUAUCAUUCUCAGUCGCGUGUGCAACCCACUUCCCGGAAUCUUUCAUCCCGGCUUCUGGGGAGGGGC